AUGACUUCUAAUGGAUGUGAGUCUUGGAAUCAUCAAAUAAAGAAGCAACGUCACUUGCCGAUAACUAGUCUGAUUGAUGGCAUAAGGUUGUUGUUAAUGACACAACUGUGUAAAAGGCUAUGUGAUGGCAAUAAAUGGACGACUGUGUUGUGUGAAAAGUCCGAGAAGAGAUUGAAGGAGGCUGUUGACAAGGGGCGUUCAUGGAUAUGCAAAAGAUCUUCUAUUCUUGUGUUCGAAGUUUUUUCGUCGCCAAAUGAUGUUGUUGAUCUUGGACAAAGGACCUGCUCUUGUAGGUUAUGGCAAAUCAAUGGGUUUCCAUGUGCACAUGCCGCCGCUGUUAUUUUCGUUGAACUUUGUUGCGGCGUUGCUGCGUAUGAUUAUAUUGAUAGAUGGUACCAUAGAUCAACAUUCAAGGAGAGUUAUUCGGGUUCAAUUAUACCCUUUGUGAGACAAGUUUCAGAUCUUCAUGUUGCUGUAAUUGGACCACCUGACGUUAAACCAACACGUGGUCGGCCAAAGAGGAAAAGGAUUCCAUCGCAGGGUGAGUGUGUCUCCCGGAAAAUGACUUGUAGUCGUUGCAAAGCCCAAAGAAAUCACAACAAGAAGACUUGUAGGAAGUGA